UCACCAUAUUCAACAAUAAACAGGAACAAAAGGCAUCUGUCUGCGGAUCCAACGCCAUUCGAAGAGUUGAGGACUAAGUGCAAGGUGCAACUUUUGCGGAAGAAGAUUCAUCGAGAAAUUUACCAAAUACAGAAUGAGGAACUUCUUGAUUGCAUUGGCUCUGAUUGCCGUUUUCGCUACUGUGCAGUGUAUGCCAGCUGAUACCCAUGAAGAUAAGGCUCGUAACUACGUUCCAGAAAGUGCCAAUGCCACUGAUCCAGCUGUAGCUGAACCAUCUGAAGCUGAAAAUGAUCCAGCUCAGAGCGAGACUGAGCCUGCUGCAGAGGAUGCUAGCACUGAUGCUGCUGCUGAAACCAAAGAAGAUGAUUCAGCCGCCGCUGAUGACAGUAACGAUGAUGAUCUUGAUGAUGAUAGCGUUGACGAGAACGACGAGGAUGAAGAGGACGAUGAAGAUGAUGAAGAUGAUGAGGAUGAUGAAGACGAUGAAGAUGAUGAGGAUGAUGAGGAUGAUGGUGACGAUAGUGAUGAUGGUGACGAUAGUGAUGAUGGUGAUGAUGAGGAUGACGGUGAUGAUGAGGAUGAGGGUGGUGAUGAGGAUGACGGUGAUGAUGAAUAGAUGGUGGUUUAUUAGUUGUAAAUCAUUGGCAAACGAACUAAUCCAGUACACAAACUAGUGUAUGUGUAUCAUACUAGUGCCUUUUCCGAAUGGAAAAUCAUAUUUAGUACAAAUUGCUAUGUAGCCUUAUGGAUGCAAUAAAGCACUGUUAUGUGCAGUCA